AUAUUUUCAGGUUCAAAGGUUGAUAGACCAGCAAUAAAAUACGAAUUUUUUGAACAACCCAUCAGAACUGCAGGAAUUACAGAUAGAGAUAAAAUUAGAGAAAUCGAAGGUCAAGCCAUUUCAUUUAAAAAGCAAACUAUGAUCGAUGUAAUCAAACAAAAAAUAAGAGAAAACCCAGAAAAGAAAGAGUAUUUUCAAGAUUUCUACAGAAAGUACAGGAAAGAAGAGAUUGAUAAAAUAAUUUCAAAAGAGAUAUCCACAAGAGAUAAUAAUUUUGUUUAUGACGAGAUUUCAUUAGAUAGACCAAAUAAUCCAGAGGAGGUUUUAAAAUUAUAUCUAGAUAGAAUCAACAUCAAACCAGAACUCAUAUUAAGCGAAAAACAGAUUGCACUCACCGAAUAUUUAACAAGUUUUAUUAAAGAUCCAGAAUCAAUAAAAGAAAUCAAUAAAUUAUGUAAAGAAGAAUUUGUAAUGGCAAGAGAUUAUUACAUUCAAGGCAAAUAUCAAGAGGCAUUUGAAAUAUUUUCAAAGCUAACCGAGAAAUAUUCACAUGGUUUUUCACAUAUAUUUUUAGGUGAAAUGUAUUAUACAGGUUCAACAGGUAUUGUUAAACAAGAUUUUAAUAUGGCAUUCGAACAUUUUACAAAAGCCUCUCACUUUAGAAUACCUGUAGCAUUUGGUAUGCUUGGUGAAUUAACUUAUAAAGGUUUAGCCGAACCAAACAUCAAAUUAGUGGCUAAAGAUAUCAAUGACAAUAUAGUCAAUGAAGAAAUAGAGGAUGAUAAUGAUAAUGAAGAAGAAGAAGAAGAAGAUAAAAAUCUCUAUACAUUCCCAAUGGUUUAUUUCAAUAUUGCAUCAGAUUUAAAUUUAAAGUCAUCAAUCGAACAAUUGGUAUUCAUCUAUAUGAAGUUAAAUAAUGUUCAUGGUGCAGUUCAUCACUUAAAGCGUUUAGCCUCAAAACAUAAUGACAUCAAUGCUUGUACAACUAUUGGCACACUUUUAUUGGAAGAUCACGACAAUUUCUCUAAAAAUAUUUUACUUUUUGCAAGCAAAAUGGGUGAUACCAAUGCUCAAACCCAUCUUGGUAGAUACUAUUACAACUGUAAAAACCCAGAUUACAAAAACUCAUUUUUACUUUGGGAAUCUGCUGCUCUUGAAGGAAAUGCUGAUGCUCAAUUCUAUCUUGGUGGUAUGUAUCAACAAGGUUUAAUUGUAGAAAGAAGUUCCAAAAAAGCUUUUGAGUUUUAUGAAAAAUCAGCAAGAGGUGGCAAUAGUAACUCUCAAUUUUUAAUUGGAAAGGCCUAUUACGAAGGUGAAGAACUCCCAAAAAAUGAAAAACUAGGUUUACAAUUUAUUACUAAAUCAUCCCAUUCAAAGAACGAACUAGCUAUAGAAUAUUUAAAUAAUAUA